CCUGAACCCAUUUCUAGUCCCCUUUGCCCUUUUGAUCGAAUUGAUCGGAGAAGGCCGGAAAAGCUCGAAGGUCCGUCGUCAAUGGGUAGCUAUGUGGAGCAAGCUCGUGAAAAUCACGUGAAGAAGAAGGUCGAAGAAGCGCUGCGUAGCAAGAUGAAGGCAAAGGCAUUAAUGGAAUGUGAUCAGUACGUCUCCAAGUAUGCUCAAUGCGCAACAGGAAGAACUUUUUCUGUGGUAUGGACAUGUCGUAAGCAAGCUAGGGAGCUCAACACUUGCCUCCAUCAAUUCACCAAUGACAAUGUCUUGGAGGAAAUGAAGAGAGCGUAUAUGGUUCAAGAAGAGGGUAAAGUCUCAGCCUCGGCCAUAUAGAUGUUUGUUGAACAAAAGAUUUGAGUACGACCAAUAUAAUGUCCUCGCUUUGUUUCUUGUUCAUUGCGAACCAAAAUAUAUCCUUUUUUAUAAAUAAACUGUGGCCUUUCUUAAAUAUGGGUGUAUUCACUAAAUCUAGAGAUCAGAUUCAAAUAGAUUUUGUAUUACUAUUUUUUAUCAUUUUGCAAAAGAUCCACUACAUCUAAAGAUCAGAUUCAAAUAUGUUUUUCAUU